CUGACUGGUCAUAGUAAACAAACUAUACGCUCACCGCUAAUUAGACGCAUUUUCAAGAAGAUUAAUGCAAAAUCGCGAAGCCCCCUACUUUUCAAUGUUCAAAGAAAAGGCAGUUUAGUGCAGCUGAUAAAUCGAUCUCUUAGUGUUGAUACCUGGACAACUUUUUAUGGCAAACAAACCGGUCGCAUCUUAAGAGCACAUAAACACAUAUAUACACAUACACACAAGCUCAGACGCUUGUGGAAUUGGACUUUAAAAUUGUUUUUAAAAAACAAAGUACACAAUCAUACUACUCGUGAUUUGUUCCUGAACUGGUAAUAUGUGAUCGAUCUGCCCUGUUUUUGGCGAAUACAUUAAUGCGGGGGUGGCAGCUUGUCCGUGUUUCAUGCAAGUGCCCAUAUAUACGUAUGUAUGUGUGCGAGUGCAUGAGGUGGUGAACUAGGAGGAACUAAAAUGUUCGCCGUUCGCGUAUCGUAAAUUUCUUUUGCAAACACAAGCCCGUGCAUAGACACUCACCCUUGGCUGGCACCGUGUUCCACUUUUGGCAACGCUGACAUCGACGCAAGCAGCGGCCCAUGUCCUGAUUUCUUCUGCGCCGUGGCAAGUGCAUCUGGGGCAGCAUCUUUCGGGCGUGUUCUUGCCCCAAUUCAGACGUGUACUGGUAGCGUGGCGCGGAUCGGAGGACUCCCGUCCGGAUGCAGCAUGCUUGAGAACGCCAUCUGCUUCUGGGUGUUCGGUCUCGUGACGCAUUCCGCUCAUAUAGCCAACUGGAAAGCCUAAAUGAUUUAACCGGGGAUCCAAGUUAAUUGAGAUGUCGUCAAGCAACGGGGGCCUUAACAGCGCCACCAAUGGCCGCAGCGGAAGUACUGGAAGUGCCAACAUUAACCUAAACAUCAAGGGAGUAGCGACUGAAUUUGCAGGAGCUGGUGCAUCCGGCACCACUGCCUCGACAAUUACUCAUAAAACCCUGCCAGACUUAAAGACGCAACGAAGUCAUAGUGCCUGCCAUGCCCAUGACACACUUUCUGGUAUUCGACGAGUUGCUCAGCCCGAAAAGGUUUCCGAGAAAGUAUUUAGCUAUGCUCCUCCGCAAAGUCAGGAAAUGGGCAAAGAUCCUAGGGAGGGCUACCUUGUGUACUGCGAGGGUCGGCUACAUUCAGGACAACUGCAGUCGUUAAUUGUUCAUAUGGUGCCCACACACGAAUACUAUCCGGAUGAGGGGUUUAUAUUUGCUUUCCUUCUUAGCGCCAGGCUUUUCGUACGUCCCUACGAGCUGUUAGCGCAGAUUUCGCAGACCUGGGAGAAGCAACAGCAAGAGGCAGGUUUGGAGAGCGAUGUUGUGGAUGAUGCAGGACAAGUUGCUACCCGUCCGCUGUUGCUUAACAUUAAUUCGGCUUCACCGCUUACUCACCGGAAGGGAUCGACGGCAACGACCGUGAUUACGUCGGAGCUGGAGCCUCGGCCAUUGCAGCGAACUGCCACACAGCGCUCGGCCCAGCACUGCAUACAGCUGCUUUCGGAGUGGAUUGAAAUUUUCCCUUACGACUUUAGAGAUGAGCGUUUAAUGCAACAGGUGCGCAUUUUAGCAAGAAAAUGUGUAUACAUCGACAACUCGCUAGGCAAGAAUGUGUCGCGAAUUCUCCAACUUCUCGUUUCCCGGCUGACAGCUCUAGAGCAGUACGAGGAGUUCCUGCAGACUCUCAGCGCCGAGGAAUCCCAGAGUCAGCAACAACAACAGGCGCAACAACAACAAAACCACCACCACUUACAUAAUCCAUUUCAAAAUUUCCUGGGAACCUCUUCUCAAGCCAACGGAUCAUUGUCUGCAGCUUUUGCUAUUGGUGCUUCGAACACCUCCAGUGCUUAUUCCUCGACCUCAUCUAAUCCAAACUCCACCACACCUCUAUCGGACGAAGUUUUUGGUAUCAUGGAUAUUUGUCAGAGCUGUGCCAUCCUGGCACACCAAUUAACAGCCAUCGAACUGGAGCGCCUAUCGCACAUCGGGCCGGAAGAGUUCGUCCAAGCUUUCGCAAAGGAAUAUCAGCAGCAGGCAAAAGAAGGCGUAAAAGCUAGAAACUGUGGUGGUUCGAUAAAUGAUUUAAAGAAAACUAGGAACUUGGAGUCGUAUGUGCAGUGGUUUAAUAGGCUUAGUUAUUUGACUGCUAGUGAAAUUGUUAAGUACCCAAAAAAGAAACAGCGAGUACGCAUCAUUGAGUAUUGGAUCGAAACGGCUAGGGAAUGCUUUAACAUCGGCAACUUUAACAGUCUGAUGGCCAUAAUAGCUGGACUAAACCUGGCACCCAUAAGCAGACUUAAGAAGACAUGGGCCAAAGUGCAAUCAGCAAAGUUUUCGGUGCUGGAACAUCAAAUGGAUCCAACAUCGAACUUUAACAGCUAUCGCUCCACACUCAAAGCUGCAAUGUGGCGGUCUGAAGGUGCCACAGAAGAACGCGAACGAAUUAUCAUUCCAUUUUUUAGUUUAUUUGUUAAGGACCUGUACUUUUUAAACGAAGGCUGUUCGAAUCGGCUGCCAAACAAUCAUAUCAACUUUGAAAAGUGCUCACAGUUAGCCAAACAAGUAAUGGAGUUUAACGAGUGGAAAAAGGUUAACUGCCCCUUUGAAAAACUUCCGAACGUUAUUGCUUACCUACAGCAUAGUGUUGUGCUUAACGAAACCACUCUUUCAAUGGCCUCCUUUGAAUGCGAGACUCCAGAAAAUACCGAGGAGAAGGACCGCUAUAAGACUGUUAAAGCGGAGACGAAGCAGCAGCUACUUCAGCAGCUGCAUGAGCAGCAACAGCAGCCGCACUAACAACUACGUAGAGAUUAAGCUACAUAUAAGCUUGCCAUGAUUAUUUUCGGGGAAAGAAUUGGUUAGACUAAGUAAAUGAAUAUGUUAAGGAAAGGUCACUCAUCCUUUCGCACUCUCAUGUCCCUUUCUAUGAAAAGCUUGUGAAGCUAGUAACUUACGUGUCGUAUCUUGUCAUUAUUUUUUUUCCAGAGGUGUGAAACCUUACAUAUAUUUCAUUUGCCGAAAUCUUUACCGUUUGAAGGCGGUGAGAUCUAUCGGGAUAAAACAACUCUAAUAUUUUACUAUGCCGUUUAAUAGUAAGGGAAUCGCGUAUGUACUUAAAUUAUUGCAAUAUGCAUAUGAAACGCAUUUUAUUAUUAAAGCAUUAAACUCGGUAUUACCAAAAUCAUAUAUGAUGUUAUAGUUUAUGUAUAAUUCAUUUGACAAAGCAGUAUGAGUGCGCGCUAUAUGUAAGUGAUCAGUAUUUAUUUUUAUAUUUAUACAAAAUUUUAUAGAUAAAUGAAAUAUUUUUGGUUUUCUCCUAUCAGUCCGGAAUGAUUUUUUUAUGAGGCUUUUGCGCUUCUGCAAUAUAACAUAUAUCGCUUAACAAAAUUUCGAAUGUUUAGAGAACCACAUUAACCCAUCAACAACCGGGCACCUUAAGGUAGCUACAAACCAUGCUUCAUUUUUGAUACGAAUUUUUGUUUUUAAUUAAGCAUUUUAGUAUGAUAAGAAAUAAAAUCAUGAAAAUACCAGCUGUAAAGUGGCUUAAAAUAACACAAUUAAAGCGUUUUCGAACAAAAUUUCAACAAA